CCCUUUCAAAAUACAAAAAGAGUAUAUAUUUUUGUCGUUAGUUCUUUCAAUAUUACAACCAGUACAUCAUUAGAAAGCUUCAAAAAUAUUUUGAAAUUUAUUAUACGGAUACACCCGAUAUUUCUAUGUAAAUCAAUGCUUUAAAGUAUUUCGGAUAUCGGAUAGCCGAAACUUUUCGGAUCGAAUAUCAGAUUUUACAGUUUCGGAUAUUAGGUAUCCGAUCCAUGCUCACCCCAAUUUUGGAGAGUAUGCCGACACUAUGGGAAAACUUCAAUACUCCCCGUAAAUUAAAAAAAAAAAACUUCGAUACUCAUAAUACAAUCCAUUAAAAUGUUAUCAUAUAAUACAUAGCAUAUAUAGUCAAUAGGUAAACAAAUAAACACAAAAAAAAAAAAAAAUAGGUAGACAAUUAAAUUAUAUGACAGAAUACAAAUCGAUAAAUAUAAUCAUCAAUUUUAUAUAAAUCACCCAUACAUAAAAUGAUACUUACAUCUUUUGAAAAUCCACUCAAUUAGAAAAUAAAAAUGAGAAUUUCCAAACAAAAUAUCGAGAAAAAGAGAAAAGGUGCGUGAAUGUAAAACCCGUUCUUCAUUAGGGAUUUAUCCUUAAUGCCUCCUCCAAGUAAAUGCAUGGAGUAAAAAAAAGUUAAAAGCAAAGGCUAAAAAAAAGAAGGGCAAGAGCACAUCAGCACAUGUAGUCAUGUGGAGAUGCCCUUCCUCGGUUCCUCCUUCCCUUCCCCGCCAAUGUGAACAGUGCAGAAGCAGAAACCAAAAAUUCAUUUCUCCUCUUAAUUAAUUUGAUUAAUUACUAAUUAUAUAAAAGCUGUCCAAAUAAAUGUGCUGAUUUUUACUGACCCCAUUCAUUCCAAAUCUAUACUUUCUGCUUUUUAUUUCUUUCAUCAUUUGCUGCUCAUAAACCCAGUAAAAAAAAAAAAACCAACUUUAAACCCCACAUUUUGAUCAGUCAUUUCUGGGUGAAUUUUGCCAUUUUAGACUUGUGGGCAUAAUUUUUUACCAAAAUACUGAACUGGGUUUUGUUUUUAUUGAGUUUUUAAUCAGAUUUUAUACUUUAAAUUGAUAUUUAAAUCUUGAUUGAUGAUGGGUUCAGCUUAGAUUGUUGAAUUUUGGGGUGAUUUUUAUUUGCGGCGGAAGAUGCGGGGGCGGCGGGCGGCUGAUUUCCGGCGCCCUGUUCGAAGAAGAAUUUCUAAUUGGAUCUGGGCACUUCUUGGAUUGUUCUUUUUUGCUGGGAUUAUUUUGUUUGUUGUUCAACAUAAUCAUCAUAAUCAAGAUCAUGUUCAUCAGCCGACAGUGAAAAAGGAUAAUACAGUAGAGCCUACUCGGGAGCGAUUGAAUUUUACAGACCAGUUAUUAAGUUCAAGUUCAGUUGCAAGGCAAUUAGCUGAUCAAAUGACCCUUGCCAAGGCUUAUGUGAUCAUUGCAAAAGAGCAUAACAACCUUCAGCUUGCUUGGGAGCUCAGCUCAAGGAUCAGAAGUUGCCAGCUUCUACUUUCAAAAGCUGCUAUGAGAGGAGAGGCUAUAUCACUGGAUGAAGCAGAACCAAUAAUUAAAAGCCUGUCAUCCCUGAUCUUCAAGUCGCAGGAUGCACACUAUGACCUAGCUACAACAAUAAUGACUAUGAAAUCUCACAUUCAAGCACUAGAGGAGCGUGCACAUGCAUCAACUGUUCAGAGCACAAUUUUCGGGCAGUUGGCAGCUGAAUCCUUACCUAAGACUCUCCAUUGCUUGAACAUCAAACUGAUGGCUGAUUGGUUGAAGAAGCCAUCGCUACAGCCACUAGCAAAUGAGAACAAGAAUUCUCCCCGUCUCGUGGACAACAAUCUGUACCAUUUCUGCAUAUUUUCAGAUAAUUUGCUUGGUGUGUCAGUGGUUGUCAACUCUACCAUCUCCAAUGCUGACCAUCCAAAGCAACUUGUAUUUCACAUAGUUACAAAUGGUGUCACGUAUGGUGCUAUGCAGACUUGGUUUCUAAGUAAUGACUUCAAAGGUGCAACAAUAGAGGUUCAGAAUAUUGAAGAGUUCACUUGGCUGAAUUCCUCUUACUCUCCUGUCUUCAAACAGCUGCUUGACCCUGAUUCUCAGGCCUACUACUUUGGUGGGUCACAAGAUUUCAGAGUUGAACCCAAGUUUCGGAACCCAAAAUACCUUUCUCUAUUAAACCACCUUCGGUUCUAUGUGCCUGACAUUUACCCCCAGCUGGAGAAAGUAGUUUUUCUCGAUGAUGAUGUGGUUGUCCAGAAGGAUUUGACCCCACUUUUCUCAUUGGACUUGCAUGGAAAUGUCAAUGGAGCUGUUGAAACUUGCCUUGAAGCAUUUCAUCGGUACUAUAAAUAUCUCAAUUUUUCCAACUCAAUAAUUAGCUCAAAAUUUGAUCCUCAGGCUUGUGGAUGGGCAUUUGGCAUGAAUGUUUUCGAUUUGAUUGCCUGGAGAAAAGCAAAUGUGACUACUCGUUAUCACUACUGGAUGGAGCAAAACUAUGACCGGUCAUUGUGGAAGCUAGGUACUCUCCCUCCUGGACUUCUCAGCUUCUAUGGAUUAACAGAGCCGCUUGAUAGAAGAUGGCACGUACUUGGAUUAGGAUAUGAUCCAAACAUUGAUAAUCGUCUAAUAGAGAGUGCAGCUGUUAUUCACUACAAUGGGAACAUGAAGCCAUGGCUAAAAUUGGCCAUUGGCCGGUAUAAACCUUUGUGGGAUCGAUAUGUGAACCAGAGCAGUACAUACCUUCAGGAGUGUGUCACAAAUUGAACAGCAAGCAUAGUUUAUUUUUUACUUAUUUUUUUUUUUAACUUUGAAGUUUUGCUGGUAAUUUAUGCAGUCAUGAACACCGGAGCCUGCGAUUCAACCAAUUGUAGAGUCAAUAAAGGAUUUUUGUCUUCAUUUAGGAUCCUUUAUUGGUACACUUUUGUUCCUCAUAUUACAUAUGUAUUCUAAUAGAGGAAGUUGGUUUUACAGAUAUAAGGCCCCACAAAUUGUACUGGAAAAAAAAUGGUGCUGGUUAUUCACUUUUGGCUGGUGGAUCUUAAUUUUUUGGCCUUUGAUACAGUUGUAGAUUUUUUUUUCAUUUUUGUAGCAUUGUGUAAUAAAUUCAUAGCAAUUUUGGAUUCAAUUGUAAUUUUACUCUAAUAGAUGGUAUUCAUGGUAGCUAUUUUGUUCUAGAGAUGUCAAUUUCACAGUUGGUUAUGAAGAUUACCUAAGCUUUUCAUUUUGUUA